CCCCAGUUGACCUACUCACAAUUCCCCACUUCGAUCCAUCCCGUCUCCGUCUCCGGCCACGCGAAAUGCCCUUCUUAUCUCCAUUGACCCAGCUAGCUCGAUUUCACCCUCUUCUCAAAUAGAGCUCCCGCCCGGCCGGCCCCUAGAUUUCAUAUCGCAUGCGUAGAAACAUCAACCGCGAGCUAAUUCAAUGAGGCUGAGCUGAGAUCGCCGAGAAAGUAGCUGCCAUGAUCGGGAGAGGGGGGAACCCGUACUACCUACAGAACCAGCAGCAGCAGCUGUUCCACCAUGGCCACGCCCUCGAUGCCACCAUGGACGGUGGCGGCUUCAUGGCGGAGCCGCCGACGCCGGCGUCGUCCGGUUGUUCUGCCGCCGACGCGCAGUGCCACGCGCUGCUCUACUACAACCUGUCCGUGCUCAGGGACAAGGUGCAGCAGCUGCAGCCGCUCGUCGGCCUCGCCGUCGCGCACGACGGGCCCGGCCCCGUCGCCGCCGCGCCAGGCGCCGGCGCCGUCAUCCAGGAGAUCAUCGCCGCCGCAUCCUCCAUGAUGUACGCCUUCCAGCAGCUGUGCGGCCACGGCGGCGCGGUGCCUGCGUCUGCGUCCGCUACUGCUGCGCAGGCGCAGCAGGGCGGGACUAGCAGCGGCGUCGUCGUGGCGGACGCUGCGGCUACCUGCGGUGCCGGUGACAACCACCAGCACCAGCAGGCGGCUGUGAUCGACCAUGUCAUGGUCAUGCAGCAGCAGUGGCAGCAGGAGCACCGCUACGACGGCGGCUACGGCGGGCGUAUCCACCACGACAGCAAGACGACGACACCCGUAGCUGCGGCGGCGGCCAUGCCAUCGUCAUCGCAUCCUAGGCCGACGACGGCGGCCGUGAUGAUGGCCGAGGAGGACGAGGACGUCGGCGUCGGCGUCGCCGGCGGCACGAUCAUAGAGCUGGAGGCGACGGAGCUGCUGGCCAAGUACACGCACUACUGCCAAGUGUGCGGCAAGGGGUUCAAGCGCGACGCCAACCUUCGCAUGCACAUGCGCGCGCACGGCGACGAGUACAAGAGCAGCGCGGCGCUGGCGAACCCGGCCAAGGCGGCGGCGGCGGCCGGGGGAGACGCCGCCGCGGCGAGCACCAGCAGCAGCAGGUCGUUGUACUCGUGCCCGCAGGAGGGCUGCCGCUGGAACCGGAAGCACGCCAAGUUCCAGCCGCUCAAGUCGGUGAUCUGCGCCAAGAACCACUACAAGCGCAGCCACUGCCCCAAAAUGUACGUCUGCAACCGCUGCAACCGCAAGCACUUCUCCGUGCUCUCCGACCUCCGCACCCACGAGAAGCACUGCGGCGACCACCGCUGGCUCUGCUCCUGUGGCACCUCCUUCUCCCGGAAGGACAAGCUCGUCGGACACCUCGCGCUCUUCACCGGACACCAGCCCGCAGUGCCGCUUGACAGGCAGGCCAACGGCGGCAGGAGAUCAUCGUCGUCGAUGUCGACGUCCACGCAGCUCGGUACGUAAUGGCAUGGCAUUUGGGAUGGGAUCGUCACUUUAAUGAGAAGGUGCAAUGCACUGCCUAUAUAUCAGGGUAAGAUACUAAGAUUAGAUAGUAUUUGUAUCAGCAAUAAUUCAGCGUAUAUAACAUGAGUUUGCUUGCUGUUUUCGUUGUGUUGAAAAAGAGAAGGGCAAAACUGCAAUCAAACUGCAUACUGUUGCUGACUUGCUGUUCGUGUGUAGAUCAAACGACAAAUAUAUAGAGCUGUAAUUAUGAAUUAGUGAGACGUACGGGUGUGUGUUUCAGUUUUAAUUUUAGUUUUUUUAUAAAUCGUGCUACUACUACAAUAACAUGGCAUCAAAAAGCAAAUGUAACUAGCCUGAUUAACUUUGCAAAUUUUAGGGCCUACAACAUAUUCCAACUAAUUAAAGGUUUUUUGUUUUUUGAUAUCUCCGUGCAUGAAAACUCAAAGCAUGCAUGAGUUCGAUUGUUAUUUUUCAUUAUCCUAAAAAAAGAGAAGGCAAACAGCAAUCAAGCUCAUGCUGUGUGUUGAAUUGUAUAGAUUGACAAACUUUGCUAUAAUUCUGAAGUAUGUGGUGGAUGUGUUUUGGUUGGUGUGGAGGUCUCCAAAAAGAUGUCAAAUGUUAAUGCCUUUGUUAGAGCAUCUACAAGAGUUUUGCAUAAUUGACUUAACAUUUGUUGUUGUUUGUAAACUCCCAAAACAAAAUGCAAAGUCUAAAAAUAGGUCAUCUCCAAGGGUUUUGCAUAAUUGACUUGGUAUUUACCUAAAGUGGAUCCAGAUGCGAAUUUUUUUUCGUGUGGCGCGUGGUAGCGGUUCCUUCCCGCACGGUUGACUUCUUCGCGCGCCCAGAUACCCGUGUCGCCAGUUGUAUUGCCGCCAAUUCUAUCGCCAAUCAGGUCGACGCCAUUUCCUGCCUUGCUGCUCCCCAUAGCUGCUGCCCUAGGAAGGUAUCGAGUGCUUCGCUGCUGCUGCAUCGAGUGCUUCCUAGUGGACGAUGGCGCGUGGGGAGGGAGUUUCUGCGCGAUGGAGAUGGUUGCGAUCGGCAGCGGACGGCGGUGCGUGGAGGGCCGGUGCUCACGAUAGAGUCCUUCACGACUUCGAUCGGCUGCAGACGGCGGGGCGUGGAGAUCGGGGGGGUUCUGUCGCGAACGAUGGAGCAUAUAUGGCGCGAAGAAAAGUCUGGAUCACGCGGGGGACCGAGAGACGCGGACGAUCGGGCUUUCCAAGCCGUCCGCGGCUUGGCAAUUAUGCCAAGUUUGCUCUCUCAUUUGCCAAAUUGCCUAAAAUGCAAACUCCAAAUGUAAAACCAUUGGAUACCUUUUUUACGAUUUUUGAUAAAUUACAAGAAUGCAAACUCCAAAUGCAAAACUGUUGAAGAUGCUCUUAGUUACUCUAACUUUGCAAACUAUAUGCCCAAAGACUGAACAUCCCACGUGUAUAUGGUAUAUAUAUAUAUAUAUACACAUAGACUGCAUGAUUGUGUUC